GUGGGGGGGCUCUACAAUUCCUGGAGAGGGGAGUGGGGGGGGGGGUCCGAGCCCCCAGACUCGGGCUGAUUGAUGGGUCAGAACAUCAGCUGUUGGGAACAAAGAACAGAGGAAUGCAACAGAGCAGAGAGGAGAGGAGCAGAGUUACUGAGAGACAUGAAGACGUGCAAAGUGCGAAGUCCAGGGAGCAGCAAAAGAUACGGGAUCGCAGCUCAAAACCUUCAGCAAUUGCUGGAGAAGUCAUGCAGGAAGUUUGAGUUUGAGCCAGUGGAUGCCUACAUCUGUGCAGCUGAAGAUGGAACGAUAAUUGAAGAAGCAAAUUUUGCAGAUUUGAAGCAGAACAGUGAGCUGGUCAUUAUGAGGAAGGAGUCUCAGGGGGUCGGAGUGACUUUUCAUUUGGAGCAAUUAUUGGAUCAAAUGGACGAAAACAACAACAAUAAAUUGAUGGAGGCCAUGAGAGGCAUGUUGACUGAUGAUAUGGCACCAAAGAGGAGAAAGCUGCUCCAGGGUUUCAUUCAAAGUCUGGAUGAAAAUAUUGAAGCCGACGAAUGUGUUAAGGACGGAAAGUGGUUUGAAGGUCUCGAUGAGAGAUUUAAGAGCAAAUCUCAAUACAUGAAGCACAAUUGUAGCUGCAGAAUAAGAGGUUACCUGACGGAGGUUAAGAAAUAUGCCUCCAAAAUGGAUACAAAGACUCAUCAACAGUUCAUUAACACUGUGAAAGAAAUGGAGAAUAUGCUCAGAGAAGUAAAAUUCAAUGGGCACUACUUCAACAGGAGAGAAAACCAGAAGGAACGGCUCUGUGAUGACAAGGGAUGGUUCCAAUGCCAGGGAGCGUUUGAUAUGGAUUCUUGCAGCUCCAAACAUUCAAUCAACCCCUACGCAAACAAGGAAAGCAGAAUUGUCUUCAGCACCUGGAAUCUUGAUCACAGGAUAGAGAAGAAACGAACCAUCCUUCCAGCGCUGGCGUCUGCCAUUAAAAAGUGCAAGACUCGGGAAAUCAACUCCAAGUACUUCUACAGCCUCCUGUUCACGCUGGACAACCUGAAGCUGGUGCAGAUCGCGUGCCACAAGAAAACCAACCACAAGCUCUCUUGCGACAGGUCCAAGUUUUACAGGAAGAGGAAACGGUGAAGUUGAACUCCAAGAAAUGCAACAACAACAACAAUUUACAUGAAGCAAAUCCUCCUAAUAUUCCACAGCAGCGUGCGGGAAUGAUUUCAGCCGUUCCCACUCAUGAACAGAAAUUUUUUUUAAAUCAAAAUGGAUUUGAAAUCGGAGGCCGAAAAUCCCACUUUUAUCUUAGAAUAACGUCAAAAUAUUGGAAAAUUCUUCAGUUUAGUCUUAAUUUGGGAGCUGGUGCUUUAACAAAUUUACUCCCACCCGUUAAUAUUCUUCCUCUUCAAUCAUUCUUUGAAAUAAGUUAUUUAAACUUUUCACAUGAUCAGAAACAAAUGAAUUCUAUAGUGGACUAUUAAUAUUAAGAGCUGGGUGACUUUGAGAGGUUGCGGGGAAAAAAAACAACUACUAUCCUGGAUUCAAAAAAAAUCACACUUGGGGAGGAUUUCUUUGGGAAGUAAGUUGUCUGAACAAAAUCAGCAACAAGACGGAGACGGAAACAAAGACUUUCAAGACUGACACAAGACUUUCUCCCAGUAUCAAAGUCAGCAGAAAUAAAUCAACCAAAAUAAAACUUGAAAUUACCAAA